AUGUCGAUCAAAAUUCCUUCUCUGAGCAAGUUGAUUAAUCCGAGCCGCAAACGCGGGGACACUUCAUCUCAAUCCCAACAGAUUGAACCCGAUAUAUCUGGGUGGCAGCCUUCCUACCUCCGGCGACGAGUGUUGAUCAUAUUUGUGAUCACAUUUUGUGGAGUUAUAGCUGCCCUCGAAGCACUCAACCAUGUCUCCCAAGUCCACUGUGGAAUUGCCUCUUCAGACGAAAGCCGCCACUACCUAUGGACUUACGGACCCACUGCUAUCUUCACUAUUAUCGCGACUUUGUGGUCGCGUGUUGAAUUUCAAGUGAAGCAAAGAGCGCCAUGGAAGUCGAUGGCUGAGAAGCCCGGAGAGGCCAGGGAGUCCAUGCUUUUGGACUAUAUUUCUGAAAUGCAGGCGGCCUCACUGGCCAAGGCUAUACAUAACAAGCACUUUGACGUGGCGGCUGGAAUUGCCUGCUCUUUGCUUCUGCGUCUCUUGGUCAUUUUCUCGACCGCUCUCUUUUCAUUGAAAAAGGCACAAAUACAUCAAUCAUCAAGCACCGGACAGGCUACUGUCGAUGGAAAUCGAAUCGUCAUGGCACAGGUCUCACUCCGUGUGAUGGAGGUGUGCCUGAUACUAGGGAUAUUGCUAGCCGUUGCCAUGAUCUUUCUGGGGCCACGUACGACUAUCGCGCCUUGGAAGCCGACUUCCAUUUCAUCUGUUGCAACAGUCAUGGCAAAAAGCAAUGAAAUCUGUCGAUCACUUCGCGGGACAGGUGCGUCUCCACUAGAUGCGCUUCAUGAUAGUCUGAAAGAGCGGCGCUACUAUUCGCAACAUACGCCCAAGGGCUUUUUGAUCAAAACGGAAGGAGUUGAUACCAGAAGACUUGACAACCAAGAGAACCACGGGUUACCAUGGGCACCAUUUCCUGGUCUCAUUGCUCGCGGUGUCAUCUUCGGUGCAGUCGCUUUACUUAUUGCGGCCUUGGAGAUUGCAUUGCGUGUCUCGCAAAAGAACGAUGGACUGGCGAAUGUUUCCUCCAAUGGAUAUCCGCAUUAUCUGUUCACGAUUAUUUCCUCGCUAGUCAUGCUUGGCAUUGGUCUCUUGGUUGCAAGAAUGGACUUCAACACCAGAAGCCUAGCACCCUACGCCCAGUUAAAACGGCCUACCGGUGCGCUAUUCGAGGAAUCCAUGGCAGUGAAUUAUCUAGAUUCAAUUCCUACUACCAACAUCAUCCAUUCAAUCCGUGCAAGACACUUUGCUGUUCUGGCUACCACAUCAGCUACUUUGAUUACCUCGUUCCUAGUCAUCAUCACGAGCGGCUUGUACUCUGCAGUGGAGGUUCCUCACCAAGUUAGUGUCAACUUUACACAGGAGACCACCUUUUACAGAGCCAAUUCAGCAGACGCUGACCAAAGCUCCAGCAUGGUUAUUGCCAAACAUAUUCUUCUGGAAAAUAUGAGUUUCCCCCGCUGGACCUACGACGAGCUCGCAUUCCCCGAGCUUUCCAUGGAUAUGCCCUUGUCCAGCAAUGAGGCAGAGAAUUUAUUCGUAGACAUUUGGAUGCCUGCCUUGAGAGCCGCUCCCGCCUGUUAUUUCCAAACGGGCAGUGAACUGCAGUGGAAUUUCACCAAGGUCAACCAUGGCAACGAGUCGACCUACGAACUAAGGGUUCUCGCACCUAACAUGCCCUGUUCUCUGGCAGACCAAGACAUAGGAUCAACUUCCUUGACUCCUUCACUAGCUGUUCUCAACUCACAAGGAAUUUUCGGGAAAUCAAGCAGGCUCCCAUGCGGCAACAGCUACAACGCCAAACCUGCAACCUUGUAUAUCUGGGGAAAUAUCCAAAACGAUUCUGCGGAGAAUAUAAGUGCAAUGACUUGUGUGCAAGCCGCAGAGACAGUCGACACCCUGACAAGAUUUUAUCUGCCUGGCUUCGACAUCAUCGAUGACCAUCCCCCAGUCCCUGAUGAGUCAUCUGUGAGAUCCACCGAAGAUGUUGAUAUCCCGUGGAUCAGUUGGAACGGCUUCGACACCACAGAUACUACAGUCGAAAAUCCAAACUUGGAUGGCUUCUUUACAGCGCUGGUUAUUGGAAAAUAUGCGUUCCCAGCAGAAAAUCUCUUGAAUCCAGACUCCAGCGACAUGGUCAUCAAGACAAUCAACCAUCAGGAUAGGAUCCUCAAAGCACAGGUAUUCAACAAUUACAUUCGCAGUGCGGCGGACGGCACGCUGGACCAUGCCCCUCUGCCCGGGAACAUCACUAUGUCGAACCGACUGCGUCUAUUACAGGAUGCAGCAUCAACACGCAUUCUUGAGGCACUUCUCACCUCUAUCCUCCUGCUGGGUAUUGUUGGUUCCAUUCUCAUGAACACAGAUCACAUCUUGCCAAAGAACCCGUCUAGUAUUGCCGCUGUCGCGAGUCUUCUUGCCGACUCAAAUCUCCUCGCUCGGUACGAAAAGGGGAUGAGUGAUCCGAAUGAACGGUCUCUUAGUCCGACUUUCUUUUCCCGGUGUCGCUUUUUCCUAGGAUUCCAAGGGAGUGCGUCUCAUGAGGGAGAUCCGUGGCAGUUGUCGGAAGACCACGGUUGCGAGAAGUACUGUAUAUACUAUUCGGAGCGAGGUGGUGAGACGAUGUUGGGCAACGGGUCGAUGUGGAUGAGGAAGGAAUUCCGGGCAAAGGAAACUAUGGUCGAAGAGCGGUCGGUAUGA